CUUCCAAGAAAUGUUUUGAAGUUUACCAAACCUAGCGUUCGAUCGGAAAGUCGUAUAACAAAUCUUUCGGAAAACUAAAGCGUCUUUUGGUAAAAUAGAAAAUGGACGAAGCCAAAGCAAAGUCAAAUCUUUGUACAAUUUUUUGUUUUCCAAAAAAUGACGGGAAAAAAUCGGUUCUUGGCUGUGGUUGUGUUAUUAAGGGUAGUGACCAAAAUCUAAAAAUCGCGACUUCCCGCAAAAUAUCGUUAUCAAACGAUGUAGAAAUGUUUGCCAAGUUUGAGGCUCAUGAUCAAAUAAUCAAGCUGCAAUUUUCUACAGGAGGAGAAGGCUUUGAAAACGGAGACGAUGAAAUUGCCUAUGUGUCAUUCGAUGACACUGAGUUUACGGGACAACUUCCCGAUGGACUCGUCAAGGCAGAUCUCGAAGACGUCGAUGCAAUUGCUUGUUUUGUUCCGGUGUUAGAAAAUUUGGAGCAGUUUUGUGAAAAAGGCGAGUUCUCGUUUUACGAAGUCGUGAAAAAAGCAGAAAAAUGCAGCUUGCAAAGAGAGGUUGGAAGUAACAAGCGCAGUCUUGACAGUAAAGACGAAAUCAGAAAGAAACACCUAGAAGUCCUCGGGUCUCCGAUACUCAGCAAAGACUGCAAGUUCUUGGGAAUCGUGGAUUUCCUGGAAGUGGAGGGCAAUGAAUCCUUGCUGAGAAUAAACUAUCAUGAUGGAAUUCAAAGGAACUUCGUAAAAGGUGGAUCAAGCACAACACAGCAGAAAACAGUUAUUGCGCAAGAAACAGACCAUGGAAUAAAUAGGCUGUCUCCAGAUGGAUUGCCAACUCCAGCACUUGGCGGAUCUCAAGACGGCCAGCAAGAAACAACUGACAGUGACCGAAAAAAAUUGUCCACAGCUGACUCACUAGCUGACUUAUGGAACAUCAGCAUCUAUUUUCGUGAUGAUUUUUCCAAAGUGUUGGACGUUAAGUAUACAGAUAUAAAAUACUGGCCUCAUCUUGCAGAAGAGUUUGAGAUUGAUAAAAUUAUCUAUGAUGCAUUCUCCACUUCAGUCAUCAAAAGUCCUACUGAGUCAUUGUUUAGUUAUUUGGGAGCUAGACAACCAGAUUUUAAUAUUAAAGAGCUUUGUGAAUCUCUUAAAACUGCCGAAGCUUAUGAGGUUUAUCGAAUAGUGAAGGAAGCCAGUGAACUGCGUGAAGAAGAUCUAGUGACUGAGAUAUGUGAUAAAGCACCCAAUGUUCUGGACACAAUCACACUUAAGCUAGACCGUGAGGAUAGGCUGUGGAUAAACCUCGCAAGGGCGAGAAAUAUCCCAAAGAAAGAAUACUCAUCUUUCCAGAGUAAUAGAACUGACAACCGCACACGCGAUUUGUUUGACGCCCUGGCAGCAGAAGGUCCUAAACUAAGUAUAAAGAAUUUCAAAGACAAGCUGUUAGAACUGAACAGGAAUGACUUAGUAAAGAUUCUGAACGAAAAUAAAUUUUCAGAUGAAAUGCCACUGAAGGAUCUUUCAAAAUAUCCAGACGCCAAAAGUGAGAUUGAGACCAUUCUCAAUAAUCUAAAGGAGGGUUCCUUAUGGAGGCUGGCUCGCCUCUAUCAAGAGGAAGGUCUGAUUGAAGAUAUCGAUAUCGAAAGACGAUUCAGACAAGAAGCAGACUGCCACAGCCCAACUUAUGAAAUGAUGAAAUAUGUCCUCGCUAGUCUAAGGAAGCAAUACACUAUCGAGGAUCUGGUAAUCAAGCUGACUACUAUGAAACGUGAAGACUGUUUACAAAUUCUUGAACCCUACCUAGAAGGAGGUCAACAAGACAUUGAUAGAAUCACACAAGGAAUCAAAAUGAAACCGUCAUCUGAUAACAAACCUCAAAGGUCUUCUGCUAAUGAGGAACACAAUGGUGUAGCUGCAACAGAUCAAUCCGAAGCAAUGAACCCUUUUUGUGGUUCAAAAUAGCUCCCCUUAACGUCGUCUUUGAGCAGCUGUAUUAUAUGACAUACCUAUACUGCACGCAAAUUUUAUAACACGAUUACUAAAGAUGUCUCCAAAAAUCUUUUUUGGAUUAAUGAAGUAAUCCAACUACAUAUAAAUCUCACCUAUAACUCCUACUUUUGCACUUAUAGAGGAGAGGGCAGUUUUCGAACUUUUAACCCCUUACUCGGAAACAUUUGGAUGGAAAACAGAUAGCUGAUAUCGAAAUCGAUUAAAUUUGAAAUUUUUUGAAGAACUUUUUUUGCCUUCGCCGAGUACCUUAUUACUUCAGUAGUCAUGCCUAAACAGGGACGUAGCGGAUACUUAUUGACCAAGAUUUUUUGAAUCAGUUCCUCUUCUAAAAUGCUUAAAAUUUUAAAACUUGCUACGCUUAAGUAUAAUGAUCAUCUAGACCAAAUAUGUUUGCUAUUCCUUAGAAAUGAUUUUAAGAAACUAUGAUUUUAAUAACAAUUUUAAUUUAGUACCCCUACAAAAGUUACACUCAUACUUCCUGUGAAAUAUACCAUAUUGAUCGAGUGCUAGACGACAUCACCUAGUUUGGCCAGCUGCAAUGGUUGCUUGGGGUUCGUUGUACGUUAUUUUUAAUCAUUUUUGCAUAAAUUGUACAAAACCAUCUUGAAAAAGAAAAGGAAUGAAUAAUGUAUUCACUAGACGUCUUUUGAGUAGUUCGAGAAUUGUAGUUAAUGGCCUUGAUGGAAACGCGCUGAAGUUUAUUUUGAAGCAUAUCUUAUUKGAUGACAUUUUUGCGAAGUUUUGCCUGUUCUGCGACGUUAAUUUCGCGAUUUCGGAGCUCUAAUAUACAUUUUUUUUGCGAUAAAUCAGAUUCUAAGUCACUUUGAUUUCGCCUCGUGUUAGUUCCUUGGACGAUCUUGGACUCGACUUGARUGUAAUAAAUACUGGUACUAAUUCAG